UGCUAUGGUGGACCACAGCCGAGAAUGGUUUAGCACAAUGAAGGUGCUCACCACAGCAUUGCUUCUGGUCACCCUGCAGUGUUCCCAUGCCCUGAGUCCCACCAACUGUGAUGCUUCCAAGCCUUUGGCCGAAAAAGUUCUAGACCUGAUCAAUAAAGGGAGAAGGAGUGGCUAUGCUUUCCAGCUGCUGCAGGUCUCUGACGCCCACUUGGACAGCGUGGGAGCGGCCACCGUCUACUACUUAACUUUAGAUGUGAUAGAAUCUGACUGUUGGGUCCUCUCCACAAAAGCCCAGGAUGACUGUCUUCCAGCUAGGUGGCCAUCAGAAAUAGUGAUUGGACAAUGUAAGGUAAUAGCCACAAGAUACUCAAAUGAGUCUCAAGAUCUUAGUGUGAACGACUAUAACUGCACCACAAGUUCCGUCUCUUCAGCACUUGGCAACACCAAAGACAGUCCUGUAUUCUUGGACUUCUUUGAGGAUUCCGAGCUCUACAGAGAACAGGCCCGUAAAGCCCUUGACAAGUACAAAGGGGAGAAUGGUGACUUUGCCUCUUUCAGAGUGGAACGGGCAGAACGGGUUAUAAGAGCGAGAGGAGGAGAAAGAACCAAUUACUAUGUGGACUUCUCAGUGAGGAACUGUUCCACACAGCAUUUCCCCAGACACCCUCCGGUCUUUGGAUUCUGCAGAGCAGCUUUGUCCUACAGCAUAGAAGCCACUGACUUGGAAACCCCAGAACACAUUGAUAUCAACUGUGAAGUCUUCAACAUUGAGGAUAAUAGAAACACGAGUGACAUGAAACCCCGUUGUGACAAACAUCCGUGUAAGCCCAGUGGAUCCAGGGGUCAUCAUCAUACCCCUGGUGAAUUUGGAUGCCCACCUCCACCGGAAGGAAAGGAUAGCUCAGACAGACCACCCCUUCAAGAAGGAGUCCUUCCAGAACUGCCCCCUGGCCAUGAACAUCGUCCACAUGGGCACCACCCUCAUGGACAGCAUCCUCACGGUCACCAUCCCCAUGGACACCGCCCCCAUGGUCACCAUCCCCAUGGACACCAGCCUCAUGGUGACCAUCCCCAUGGACCCGGUUUCCUUGACUUUGGACCUUGUGACCCACCUGCCAAUAGCAAAGAACCCAAAGGUGAGAAUCAUCGGGGCUAUGGUCCACCACAUGGACACUCGAGAAAAAGAGGUCCAGGUAAAGGACCCUUUCCUUUCCACAAACGGCAAAUUGGCUAUGUCUACCGACUCCCUCCACUGAAUAUAGAUGACGUUCUCAAUCUUCCUGAAGCCAACUUCCCCAGCUUCUUAUUGCCAAGUUGUAACAGACCCCCGCUAGAGAUUCAGCCCUUCCCUCAGACAGCCUCGGAAUCAUGUCCAGGGAAAUUUGAGAGUAAGUUUCCACAAGUUUCCAAGUUUUUUGGAUAUACACCUCCAAAAUAAAACCCGAUUCCUUGAUAGAGGGAAGAAGACAAU